GUCGGAGGGAGGAUGCUGCUCGGGGUGCCCGGCAUGGCUGUUCUGGGAUCUCAAGCCUGGGAAGGCAGCCUCCUCUGGUGGGCAAAAGACUUCGAGGACCCAGGGUGAUCUGAGCCACAGACAGGACCGUGCCUGGUCAUGGAGGGCAGAGGUCCGCUGGCCACAUCGCCACGGCGGCGGUUGCUGCUUCUGCUGCUGUUGCUGCUGCUGCUACCUCACAGCCACCAGAGGAUCCAGGACCCUCCGGCUGUGCACCUCAGCAGUGCUUCAGGACAAGGGCCUGUCACCAUCAUGACCUUUGACUUCACCAAGAUGAGGAAAACCUCCUCCUCCUUUGAGCUUCGAACCUGGGAUCCAGAGGGAGUGAUUUUGUACGGCGACACCGACCCCCACGAGGACUGGUUUAUGCUGGGACUUCGAGGUGGCAGGCCCGAGAUCCAGAUGCACAACCACGUGGCCCGCCUGACAGUGGGCGCUGGGCCCCGGCUGGACGAUGGCAAGUGGCACCAGGUGGAAGUGAAAGUUCUCGGGGAUUUGCUGCUGCUGACUGUGGACGGAGAGGAGGUGCUGUGCUUGAAACAGGUCUUCGGGCCUCUGGCCAGCAGACCCCAGCCCGUCGUGAGGAUUGCAGUGGGAGGGCUGCCCUUCCCUCCCUCCAGUCUCCGCCUGCCGCUGGUCCCCGCCCUGGACGGCUGUGUGCGCCGGGACAGCUGGCUGGACCAUCAGGCCCAGACCUCGGUGUCCGCCCUCAGUGGCAGCCCCAGGAGCUGCGGCGUGGAGUCCCAACCCGGCUCCUUCUUCCCUCCAGGGGCUCACGCGGAAUUCAGUCUCCAAGACCUCCCCCAGCCUCAUGCAGAGCCCUGGGCCUUCUCUCUGAGCCUGGGACUCCAGCUGGCAGCAGGCUCCGGUCACCUCCUUGCCCUUGGGACCCCAGAAAACCCUCCCCGGCUCAGCCUCCAGCUCCAAGAUCAAAAAGUGGUGCUGUCCUCUGCAUGGGGACCACAGCUGCAUCUGCCUCUGGUCUUGGGAGCCCCUCUUCAGCUGAAGCUGGCCGCGUCUGGGGUAACCUUGAGCCAGGGGCCUGAGACGGAGAUCCUAGCCCUGCGUCUCUCAGACCCUGGCUCCCUCCUCAACCUCUGGGUCCAGCCCCACGCACGCCUCUUCCUGGGGGCCCUUCCAGGAGAGGCUGCUUCAGCCUCCUUUUGCUUGGAUGGCCUUUGGGCACAAGGCCAGAAGCUGGACAUGGACCGGGCCCUGAACAGAAGUCAGAACAUCUGGACUCACAGCUGUCCCCAGAGCCUAGGCAAUGACACAGACACCACCCAUUAAACCUCCAGCAGAGAAUC